UGUUUUCUUAAAGUUUUAUUAUAAUGCAAAAAUUAGAAACAUCAAACUAUUACCAUUUUAGUUUAGUAACUAAACGUAUUUGCACUGACCAUACUAACAGAUACAUGGAGAUACUAAACGCAAUUAUCAAAUUGACAGCUGGGGGUGUCACCAUAACAUUAAUAGUUUAAUACAUUAUUCUUAUUGUUUAUAUGUGAUUUAAUCCUAUUAAAUAAAGGAAAGAAAACGUAUUUUCUACAUCACUCGUUACAAGAAAAAAUAUCAAAAUGAAUGUUAUACAAGCAGUCAAGAUGUAUAUAACGAAGAUGACGGAGGAAAGUGGGCCAGGAAUGAAAGUUAUUCUCAUGGAUAAAGAAACUACAAGUAUAGUGAGCAUGGUGUUCAGCCAGUCAGAGAUACUCCAAAAGGAGGUGUAUCUGUUCGAGAGGAUUGACAGCCAUUCAAAGUGGGAUAACCUCAAGCACAUGAAGUGCAUUGCCUUCCUGCGGCCCACAUCGGAAAAUAUAGCACUGCUGUCCAGAGAGCUGCGGUACCCAAAAUAUGGUGUCUAUUUUAUAUAUUUCAGCAAUGUAAUCUCAAAGGCAGACAUCAAGACGUUAGCGGAGUGUGACGAGCAGGAGGCAGUGAGAGAGGUGCAAGAAGUAUUCGCAGACUACCUUGCUGUAGACCGCCAUCUGUUCUCCUUCAACAUUGUUGGGUGCUUGCAUGGUCGGUCCUGGAACCAGACGCACCUCCAGCGCUGCGCGCAAGGCCUGCUGGCCGUGCUGCUGUCCGUCCGGCGGCGCUGCGCGGUGCGCUACGAGGCGGGCUCGGAGCCCUGCGCGCGCCUCGCCGAGCGCGUGCGCGACCUGCUGCGCCGGGAGGCUGCGCUCGUCGACAACAAUGUGCCCAUUAAUGGCGACCUGCCCACGCCGCAGCUCCUUAUUAUUGACAGGAGGGAUGAUCCUGUCACACCGCUAUUGAGUCAGUGGACGUACCAAGCGAUGGUGCACGAACUGCUGACGCUGCACAACCACCGCGUGAGCCUCGCGCAUUUACCCGACGUGCACAAGGACUUCAAGGAGGUGGUGCUGUCGGCCGAGCAGGACGAGUUCUACGCCAAGAACCUAUACUCCAACUUCGGUGAGAUCGGGCAAACGAUGAAGUCUCUAAUGGAAGAGUUCCAGAAGAAAGCCAAGAGCCACGAGAAGGUGGAGAGCAUUGCGGAUAUGAAGAGCUUUGUAGAGGCUUACCCGCUCUUCAAGAAAAUGUCCGGCACAGUGACGAAGCACGUGACGGUGGUGGGCGAGCUAUCGUCGAUGGUGGCCAAGCGGUCUCUGCUGGCCGUCUCCGAGCUGGAGCAAGAGCUGGCCUGCCAGAGUGACCACGCCAAACAUCUACAGGUAACGAUACGGAACAUGUCCGGCACAGUGGGUGAGCUAUCGUCGAUGGUGGCCAAGCGGUCUCUGCUGGCCGUCUCCGAGCUGGAGCAAGAGCUGGCCUGCCAGAGUGACCACGCCAAACAUCUACAGGUAACGAUACGGAACAUGUCCGGCACAGUGGGUGAGUUAUCGUCGAUGGUGGCCAAGCGGUCUCUGCUGGCCGUCUCCGAGCUGGAGCAAGAGCUGGCCUGCCAGAGUGACCACGCCAAACAUCUACAGGUAACGAUACGGAACAUGUCCGGCACAGUGGGUGAGUUAUCGUUGAUGGUGGCCAAGCGGUCUCUGCUGGCCGUCUCCGAGCUGGAGCAAGAGCUGGCCUGCCAGAGUGACCACGCCAAACAUCUACAGGUAACGAUACGGAACAUGUCCGGCACAGUGGGUGAGUUAUCGUCGAUGGUGGCCAAGCGGUCUCUGCUGGCCGUCUCCGAGCUGGAGCAAGAGCUGGCCUGCCAGAGUGACCACGCCAAACAUCUACAGGUAACGAUACGGAACAUGUCCGGCACAGUGGGUGAGUUAUCGUCGAUGGUGGCCAAGCGGUCUCUGCUGGCCAUCUCCGAGCUGGAGCAAGAGCUGGCCUGCCAGAGUGACCACGCCAAACAUCUACAGGUAACGAUACGGAACAUGUCCGGCACAGUGGGUGAGUUAUCGUCGAUGGUGGCCAAGCGGUCUCUGCUGGCCGUCUCCGAGCUGGAGCAAGAGCUGGCCUGCCAGAGUGACCACGCCAAACAUCUACAGGUAACGAUACGGAACAUGUCCGGCACAGUGGGUGAGUUAUCGUCGAUGGUGGCCAAGCGGUCUCUGCUGGCCGUCUCCGAGCUGGAGCAAGAGCUGGCCUGCCAGAGUGACCACGCCAAACAUCUACAGCGCCUGAAAGCCCUGCUGGCCAACGAGUCGGUCCGCCACCAUGAUGCCGCCCGGCUGGUGGCGCUGUACGCGCUGCGCUACGAGAAGCAGUCGGGCGCCGCACUGGGCCCGCUGCUGGAGGCGCUGCGCGCGCGCGGCUGCCCGGAGCCGCUGCUGCGCGCCGCGCUGCUGGUGCUGGAGCACGGCGGCGCGCACGCCAGGCAGAGCGACCUCUUCGGCCUGCAGGACGCUGUCAAGAUCACCAAGAGGCUGUUCAAGGGCCUCAGCGGCGUCGAAAACAUCUACACGCAGCACACGCCACUCCUCAAAGACACCCUCGAGGACCUCAUCAAGGGCAAGCUGCGAGAGAACCUCUACCCGACCCUCGGCGGGGACGAAACCUACGGCCGUCGGCCCCAAGACAUCAUAGUCUUCAUCGUAGGGGGCGCCACCUAUGAGGAAUCCUUGUGCGUUCAUCAGAUCAACCAAGCGUACCCUGGAGUUAGGGUGGUGCUCGGUGGAACGACUAUUCAUAAUUCGGCGUCGUAUUUCGAAGAGGUGAAGGCUGCGAUGCAGGGCGUGCAUAGGAUACAUACUAGGCAUAUUAGGAAUGUUUAGAAUAGGGGUCACAAAACUAUAUUUUAGAAAACCGGUUUUUCGGUUUUUUUAGAACAGCAAAACCGGGUUUCCGUGAUAUCGAUUUUAUGUAUAAUUUGUAUAGUACGGUCACGUCUGAAAAUAUAGACACGGAUGAUAAAGUGGCAUAAAUAUGUAUACACCUUAAUAUAUGGGCAAUAAGGUCGUGUAUACAUAUUUUUGGGACUUUGUUCGUAUCGAUACUUUCAGACGCGUCUGUACAAGUAUUUUCAGGAUCAGAUCAAACUUCAAUAUUUUGUCUUCUACGACAUUUCUAGACUAUCAAACUGCACCAAUAAUUUCUUACUGACUCGAAGUAUUAAGCGAAAAUACCGCGUAAGAAAUGGGUGCCUUUCAUAUUUGUUUGACUAUCUACUAUAAAUUGUGAUUGUUUAUUUAAAUAUUUGAUACGUAUAAUUUUGUGUAUUCUGCUAAACGCAAGAGUAAACUGUGAACUGCUUGUUGGUCAUCAAAAUAAUGGAACAGAGUACAUACAAAUCCGUAUAAUCGAAAAACUCUAAAACGCCGGUUUUAUCAAAUUUGAAACUCGGUUCUGACAAUUGACCGCAAACUCGGUUUUCCGGUUUUUUAGAAUUCGGUGAAACCGGUUUUGUGUCCCCUAGUAAUCUGAUGCUUGCCAGGCUGGGAUGAGUACUUGUGUCCACGCAUUCCAAAUAAAUGUCGAAUUGGUGAAUAUUGAGGACUUUGUGAGGCUUCGCCUGGAGUCCUAAACCUGAAAACUGAUUUUUUUAUCAAUUUGUCGCCUUCAAAAUUGUCAUAUAUAUAGUGUGUAAAUUCAAUACGGGCAAACCUUUAAACUGUGGUUAGCUGAAGACCUAGGUAUAUUAAGAUAACUUUUGCUUAGAAAUAUAAUGGUUAAUAUCCAUACAAAAUAAUUCAGCCCGCAAUUUAAAGCAACAACGAGUUUUUUGUAGUAAAUGUCAACGCUUCUUGAAAGUUACAAUGAAAAGCUCGUAAUGUCAUGUCAUGGUGUCUCGUAACGUUUUCAGUAAUUGCUGCUUGGUAAAAUUUCAAAAAUUAAUUACGGGGUAAUAGGGGUAACUUAAAAAAAACUUCUUAAUUCAUAAUUACACGGGUCUCAUCUGGUUUGAUUUAUUGCCCGUAUUGGAUUUACACACUGUAUAUUUAUGGUUUUCCCUGUACCAAUGGUAACUACCAUACAUACAGUUGGUAUCUACUAUUAAACAUACACAUUUAAACACAAAAAUUGGAUGCACUGACAGCCAAGAUGAUCAUCAAUAUUUAGACAAGAUUAUUGUCAAGACUAUUGCCAGUAUGCUCAGUAUACGGGUCUCUAUUGUUUCCCGUAAACUUUUAAGUCAUAAUGUAUUGUUUGUCCGCAUAUUCCUUACUCAUAAUUUGGUUUUUCUUAGAAACGCGUAACUUUUCAGGAUUGCCAUAAAACAAACCUAACCUAUUUAUAGGAUAACCUUACGAAAACCCUGAGAAGUUAACUCUUAGGACUAAUGAUAAUCUGACAAUGAUAACAUUAUUAUGGAGUGUGGAAUUAAGAGGAGUGACAUCUCUUAUGGUAGAACUGUUGCAAAAGUGUCCAGCUGUCAGCUAUAAAUAAUAGUUUCAAAUCUUUCCAGAGUAGCGCUAGAGUAGCUAAGAACCUAGGCGCUAUUGACGGAGUGAAGUGGGCUGUCUAUGAUUUGAUUUUUUUGUUCAAGUAUUCUAGGUAUUGUAGCGCCACAUAUUUAUGGUUUUUUGAUGACACUUUUUGGUACAUGGAGAUUUAUUUCCUUACCUCCACUUUUCGUAAUUAUGACUUACAAUAAUUAUGUCAAACAAAAGGAUUCGUCAGUAUACACAUAUUUCUGAGCUUUGACCUUGGUGGCUGUCAUACCACAUCGCAUGUAUAAUCUUAAUUAUCUUCAUGUUGGUAACUACUGGAAUUAAUCUACUACUUUUACCUUGGCGGCUGUCAUACCACAUCGCAUGUAUAAUCUUAAUUAUCUUCAUGUUGGUAACUACUGGAAUUAAUCUACUACUUUUACCUUGGCGGCUGUCAUACCACAUCGCAUGUAUAAUCUUAAUUAUCUUCAUGUUGGUAACUACUGGAAUUAAUCUACUACUUUUAAGCUUUACCAUAUACUUACACAAUUUAUUUAUUCCUCUAAUCUUAAGUAUUGUAACUUUAUAAAUAAAUGAAAUAAAACACGUGA